AUGAGUUCUCUACCUGUUGUCGCUCGCGAUCCCCACCGUCGGCCACAUGGCCCUCGGUCGAAAAACGGCUGCUUGACCUGCAAACGUCGGAAAGUGCGAUGCAAUGAACUCCGACCUCGAUGUUAUCAUUGUCAACGUUUGAACUUGGAAUGCGUGUGGAAGGAUACCGAGCCGCACCCACAGGCCCCCUUGCAGAAUAUCGACGCGGGAGAUCCUUUCAAGUCCAAUGUUGCGGCUUUGGAAGCCAACAAGCUGUCUCCUCCUUCUCAUUUCCUUGAUCUUACUUCCUCCAUGGUGGCCCCAACAGCAAGCUUUUCCAUGUUUCAGAAUGUCUAUUUCCCUGACUUCGGUGAUUUUACUACAUCGGGUCCUACCUUCUACGAACGCGCGCCAUCUGCCGACGGAAAUUCCCCGAAUUCACCCCUUGCUCCACGACAGUCACCACAAUCCCCUGUCGCCAAAACGGAUGUUGAAAGCUCAUUGAAUCUGCAUCUGCCGCCGAUCCUCGACCCUGUGGAGAACGGCCCACGAUGCGCGUCUGCACGGGAACUUCUGGAGAGUAUGGCACAAUCUUCGCCGAUGCUUCGCUCUUCGAUCGCAGCGUUCGAAGCUAUACAAUCUGGUAGUACAGGGACGAAUAUGGUGUACCAGCAACACUAUGAUAACGCUGCCACUACAUUGUCCCAAACGUUUCAUGAAACUAUGGGGCAAACGAUAGUCAACAAUAAUGAACUCAGAUAUGUUCUGGCCACGAUCUUUUUCCUCACAUACAUAAAUCUUCUGACUUCUCGGCUGGACCUAGCCUACUCAAAUCUUGCCAAGGCGCAUAGCGCCCUGCAAUCAUCGGAGAAAAACGGUCUAGGUUCCACAGAACUCAGAAUCCUAUCUUGGAUUCGACUUUUAGAUGCCCGCGCAGCAUCGGCAGGUGGUGAAGGAAUCUUGGUCAAUGACACAUCUGGAAUCUACAUGUCACCCCCGAACUCGACUUCUGCAGGUUCCCCGCCGCAAAACCCGGGUCCAUCCGCGAGUUCCGGAGCGCACGAGGUGAUUUAUGAUUUACUAUGCCAGCCGGGGAUAGCGUUCUUCCAGGAAGUCCAGACCAUCACGGGACGCAUCACUCGAAUUGCUCAUAAUCAUCGCAGUCGAGGGAGCGUGGAGGAUGAGACUGAGGUGAUGGCUAUCGCUGCUGAUAUUAUGACAGAUCUGAGCUCCUUGUACGACCGACGGCCACCUCUUACAGAUCAUGCCGUGGCUGGAAAUAUUAGUAGUGAUACUCUGGCCGAGCCGCUUGCGUCUACUAUCGUUCGCUCAUUCCAGACGUAUCUUGCUAACUUUUACGCCUGCUAUAUCCACCUGCAUCGGGUCGCACAUCGCCAUUUGGUUCGCUCCAAAGCAGCUGACACAGCCUUGUGCAAGAUCAAGGAAAUGGUACAUUUCAUGGUUAACAAUAAUGAGUCUUUACCGGUCAAUAUGUUAUGGCCUCUAUUUCUCUGGGGAACCGAGGAAGAAGACUACGACGAAUUUCAGUGGAUUCUUGACACUAUUCGUGGUCUUCAACAUGUUUUUAGUAACGCGAAUAUGACUGCCGAUGUACUCCAAGAGACACAGAGGAGGCAGCGUGAGGGAGGAAAGCGAGUGGACAUUCGGUCCGUGUGUCUGGAAUUGUUCUACACCACAUUCGCAAUUGUUUGA